CGCCGCCGUCGCCGCCGUCACCGCUACCGCCAUGAACAGUGUGGGGGAGGCAUGUACCGACAUGAAGCGCGAGUACGACCAGUGCUUCAAUCGCUGGUUCGCCGAGAAGUUUCUCAAGGGGGACAGCUCCGGGGACCCGUGCACCGAUCUCUUCAAGCGCUACCAGCAGUGUGUUCAGAAAGCAAUAAAGGAGAAAGAGAUUCCUAUUGAAGGACUGGAAUUCAUGGGCCAUGGCAAAGAAAAGCCUGAAAAUUCUUCUUGACCUUGAUAGACACCAUGAAGGAGUCCUCAAGUCCAGAAACUGAGAACUCUGGAUUUUUGUCAACUGAAUCUGUGAAGAUAGCCAUCAGAUUUCAGGAGGAACUGAGGCGAGAGGAGUUUUAUUUCCUCCUUUGAUGUUUUCCUCUCAAUUGUAAAAGAUGAUGAACUCUUUGAGAUUAUUUUUCACCUGCUCGGGCAUCUUGCAGGAACUCAGUGUGCUAAAAUUGAACAAUUUUUUGAAAUUAUGGUUGCAAUACUUGGUCUGGAAUCAACUUUACAUAAAUAUACCUUGUAUGCAAAUAAUGAUAAACUAGUUAGAAUGAGCAGAGGUGCCUGACCUCUUGAUUUCUGCUGCAAAGGACAUCAUAUACACUGCACUGGGGUCAUUGUUCAUGAAAGCAAUUGGUUAGGGCUGCUUUUUUCUCUCAGGGAACUAAUGCUCUGAAAAGGGAUCUGGGCAGAACAGUUUCAGGAAGUGCUUUUGAGGACACUUUUAUUUUUAUAUGGUGACCAGUGGUUAAGAUUGCUGGUGGCCUGGAUUAGCAAAGAGGAAGACAACUUUUAACACAGUUCCCUGCCUUCACGAGAGGUGUCAGGUUAAGAUGUGUAAGCUGCAAGAGUGUUGCAGUGAACACCAUUUCAGAGCUCUCAGUGCUCUCUUAAUUUUUAGUUCACGAAUUAAGAUACUUGGAAUAGCUGUGGAGGAAGAACCUAACGUGCAAAGAUCUGUUGCCAGCUAUCAACCCAAGUCGGUGAAUUGUCAACUGCAUAUCCUAAAAAUGUCAAAAUGCUGCAUCUGGUUAAAUGGGGGGGAAGCUGAAGGUGCUUGCUUUAUUUGCCUUGUUUACUCAUCCUGCCCUAUAAUGUCUGUAAUCAUGAAGAUGGAAUAAAUUGUAACAUUUUCUAUCAUUA